GUACGCGCGCGCGCACACGUACGUUCCUCGUCUCAUUUUUUCCGAUUUUCCGACCGUGUCGACCGGGCGGCACAGCGGGUAACAGCCAGCGAUAGAGCGCGCGCGGCGAGGCGCCGCUUUUUGCACGAAGGGACUAGCUGCGGCGGCGUAGGUGCGCGCCGCGCGCCGCUCAGUCGGUUGCGCGCCGGUCGAGUGUGUGGACGGGUGGAUUGGUGUUGGAUCGUUAUUUGGUGGUAUUUUGGUGUACCGGGCCGGGACUUUUAUGCGAGUUGCGUGGCAGGACGGUGCCGCGGGGUGUCCUUACGCGAGGGUACACCCUUUUUAAGGGUUCGGCAGAAGUGAGCUGUUGGUCUGAUUGACAAAAUGACGACCGACAUCUCGGUAGUGCGCGGGGGUUGGGACCCCACGCUACAACAAGAGAUUGUCGACGAGUACGAAUACGACGGGGGAAACUCGAGUUCGAGACUUUUCGAACGGUCACGCAUCAAGGCACUAGCUGGUGAGCGUGAAUUAGUGCAAAAGAAGACCUUCCAGAAAUGGGUCAACUCCCACUUAGUCCGAUGUUCGUGCCGAAUCGGCGAUCUGUACGUCGAUCUACGAGACGGCAAGAUGCUGAUAAGGCUGUUAGAGAUCUUGUCGGGUGAGCGUCUGCCGCGCCCUACCAAGGGCAAGAUGCGCAUUCAUUGCCUGGAGAACGUUGAGAAGGCGCUGCAAUUCUUGCGCGAGCAGAGGGUACACCUGGAGAACAUGGGAUCCCACGACAUCGUCGACGGAAAUCCGCGUCUGAGCUUGGGUCUCAUUUGGACUAUAAUUCUGCGAUUCCAGAUUCAGGACAUCACAAUCGAAGAGACAGAUAAUCAGGAGACCAAGUCCGCCAAGGACGCGUUAUUAUUAUGGUGUCAAAUGAAGACUGCGGGUUAUCACAACGUGAACGUAAGAAAUUUCACGACAUCGUGGCGGGACGGUUUGGCGUUCAAUGCGAUCAUACACAAACACCGUCCAGAUUUGAUUCAGUUCGACAAGCUUUCCAAGUCGAACGCGAUCUACAACCUUAACAAUGCCUUCAACGUCGCGGAGGACAAACUCGGCCUCACGAAGCUACUGGAUGCCGAGGAUAUCUUUGUCGAUCAUCCGGACGAAAAGUCCAUCAUAACAUACGUCGUCACGUAUUAUCACUAUUUCUCAAAGAUGAAACAGGAGACCGUGCAAGGUAAGAGAAUCGGCAAAGUAGUCGGUAUCGCGAUGGAGAAUGACCGUAUGAUAAACGAGUACGAGAGUCUUACUAGCGAUCUGCUGCGCUGGAUCGAGGCUACGAUAGAGGCGCUUGGUGAUCGCAGAUUUGCCAAUUCCCUGGUAGGCGUCCAAUCACAACUUUCGCAAUUUUCAAAUUAUCGCACGGUAGAAAAACCGCCCAAGUUCGUAGAAAAAGGUAAUCUUGAAGUAUUGUUGUUUACUUUACAAUCGAAGAUGCGCGCAAAUAAUCAGAAACCCUAUACGCCCAAAGAGGGUAAAAUGAUAUCCGAUAUCAAUAAGGCAUGGGAGAGACUAGAGAAAGCUGAACAUGAACGGGAAUUGGCUCUGCGCGAAGAACUGAUUCGACAAGAGAAAUUGGAGCAGUUAGCAGCUAGAUUUAACCGAAAGGCUAGCAUGCGCGAGACAUGGUUGUCGGAAAAUCAGCGAUUGGUAUCGCAGGAUAACUUUGGCUUUGAUCUCGCUGCCGUGGAAGCCGCUGCGAAGAAACACGAAGCUAUAGAGACUGACAUCUUUGCCUAUGAAGAACGUGUGCAAGCCGUCAUGGCAGUCUCGCACGAGCUCGAGAUGGAGAAGUAUCAUGACAUCGAGCGCAUUAACGCUCGUAAGGACAAUGUAUUGCGACUUUGGAACUAUCUUCUGGAAUUACUGCGCGCCAGGCGGAUGCGUCUGGAACUCUCUUUGCAGCUGCAGCAAAACUUCCAGGAGAUGUUGUAUAUAUUGGACAGUAUGGAGGAGAUCAAGUUGCGACUAUUGACAGACGAUUACGGCAAACAUUUAAUGGGCGUGGAGGAUCUGUUGCAAAAGCACUCUCUCGUCGAAGCAGAUAUCAAUGUGCUCGGCGAAAGAGUCAAGGCCGUUGUUCAGCAGAGCCAGAGAUUCCUAGAGCAGGGAGAAGGCUAUCGACCAUGCGAUCCGGCCAUCAUCGUCGAACGCGUGCAACAAUUAGAGAACGCGUACUCCGAGUUGGUGCGGUUAGCGAUCGAGCGUCGUACCAGGCUCGAGGAAUCUCGGAAGCUCUGGCAAUUUUAUUGGGAUAUGGCCGACGAGGAGAAUUGGAUAAAGGAGAAAGAACAGAUCGUAUCCACGGGCGACAUCGGUCACGAUUUGACCACCAUUAAUCUGUUAUUGUCCAAACACAAAGCAUUGGAGAACGAGAUACAGUCGCAUGAGCCGCAAUUUAUGUCCGUCGCAGCGGUCGGCGACGAAUUAGUUCGGCAACAACAUUUCGGCUCCGACCGUAUUCAGGAGAGACUUCAGGAGAUUCUCGCUAUGUGGAAUCAUCUACUGGAUCUCGCGGCUUUCAGAAGACAACGGCUUGUAGAGGCUGUUGACUAUCACCAGCUUUUCGCAGAUGCGGACGACAUAGACAUCUGGAUGUUGGACACUUUACGACUUGUCUCGUCGGAGGAUGUUGGUAGAGACGAGGCAAAUGUGCAAUCGUUGUUGAAGAAACACAAGGACGUAACGGAUGAGCUUAAGAAUUAUGCCACGACUAUCGACCAGCUUCAUCAGCAGGCGUCCACAUUGGGCGAGCAGGAUGCCAAAUCACCGGAAGUUUUGGAGAGACUGACUUCGAUAGAUAACAGAUACAAGGAGCUCCUCGAGCUUGCCAAGUUGCGUAAACAGAGACUGCUCGAUGCGCUCUCGUUGUACAAAGUAUUCAGCGAGACCGACGGAGUCGAACAAUGGAUCGGCGAGAAGAACAGAAUGUUGGAUACGAUGGUGCCUGCCAAGGAUAUCGAAGAUGUCGAGAUCAUGAAACAUCGCUAUAACGGCUUUGAGAAAGAGAUGAAUGCGAACGCAUCCCGCGUUGCUGUGGUUAAUCAACUGGCCAGACAGUUGUUGCAUGUUGAACACCCGAACUCGGAACAGAUAGUCGCGCGACAAAACGAGCUGAACCAGAAAUGGGCCGAGCUGCGCGAGAAGGCGGAGGGCAAGCGCGAAGAACUGAACUCCGCACAUGGCGUGCAGACAUUCCACAUCGAAUGUCGCGAAACCGUGUCUUGGAUCGAGGAUAAAAAGCGAAUCCUGCAGCAGACUGACAAUUUGGAGAUGGAUUUGACUGGUGUGAUGACACUGCAGCGUAGAUUGAGCGGCAUGGAGCGCGAUUUAGCAGCCAUUCAGGCCAAAUUAGACGCUCUAGAGAAAGAGGCGGAAGUCAUACAGAAAGAACAUCCAGAGGAGGCUGCAGUGAUACGCGAGAGAAUUGCGCAGAUUCAUUUGAUUUGGGAACAAUUGACGCAGAUGCUGAAAGAGCGCGAUGCUAAGCUCGAGGAGGCCGGAGAUCUACAUCGGUUCUUGCGCGACCUCGAUCACUUCCAAACGUGGCUCACGAAAACACAGACCGAUGUUGCCAGCGAAGACACGCCAACCAGUCUUGCCGAUGCCGAGAAGCUGCUCACUCAGCAUCAGAACAUCAAGGAGGAGAUCGACAAUUACACCGACGAUUAUCAGAAGAUGAUGGAGUACGGCGAACGGCUGACGGCGGAAGCCGGCGAUGGCGACACACAAUACAUGUUCUUACGCGAGAGAUUGAACGCACUAAAGAUGGGCUGGGAAGAAUUGCAUCAGAUGUGGGUAAAUCGUCAGAAUUUACUAUCCAACUCCCUGAAUCUACAAGUAUUCGAUCGAGACGCGCGUCAAGCGGAGGUGCUUCUAUCGCAACAGGAACAUAUUCUUGCCAAGGACGAAACGCCGACGAACUUCGAGCAAGCAGAGCACAUGAUCAAGCGACACGAGGCCUUCAUGACCACCAUGGACGCCAACGACGAGAAAAUCAAUUCGGUCGUGCAAUUUGCCGGGCGUUUGGUCGAUGAGGGACACUUUGCAGCUGAUAAGGUUAAGAAGAAGGCCGAGAACAUCAAUGAUCGUCGGCGAAUUAAUCGCGAGAAGGCCAAUCAACUUAUGGAGAAACUCAAGGAUCAGCUUCAGCUGCAGAUGUUCCUGCAAGAUUGUGAAGAACUUGGUGAAUGGGUACAAGAGAAACAUAUCACUGCUCAGGAUGAGACAUACAGAAGCGCGAAGACUAUUCAUAGCAAGUGGACUCGUCAUCAAGCAUUCGAAGCAGAAAUCGCCAGCAAUAAAGACCGCCUGCAGCAAUUGCAGCAAGCCGCAGACGAAUUGAUUCAACAGAAACCAGAUUUGACCGAGAUUAUUAAACCGAAGGUAACCGAAUUGGCGGAACAAUUUGUCGAUCUGGAAACUACUACUCACGAUAAGGGCGAGCGAUUGUUCGAUUCAAAUCGCGAGGUGUUGAUACACCAAACCUGUGAUGAUAUCGAUUCUUGGAUGAAUGAGCUAGAGAAACAGAUAGAGAGCACCGAUACCGGUUCCGAUCUGGCAUCCGUAAAUAUAUUGAUGCAGAAACAACAGAUGAUCGAGACUCAAAUGGCGGUGAAAGCGAAACAGGUUACCGAGCUAGAUAAACAGGCGGAACACUUGCAACGCACAGUACCCGAUGACAAGAUGGAGGAGAUCAAAUGCAAAAAAGAGAAAGUUGCCCAAAGAUUUGCCCAGCUCAAGGCACCGCUCGUUGAUCGUCAACGGCAGCUCGAGAAAAAGAAAGAGGCUUUUCAAUUCCGACGCGAUGUCGAGGAUGAGAAGUUAUGGAUCGCUGAGAAGAUGCCGCAGGCAACUAGCAACGAGUAUGGAAACUCGCUAUUUAACGUUCAUAUGCUAAAAAAGAAGAAUCAAUCAUUGCGCACGGAAAUUGAGAAUCACGAGCCUAGGAUCAAUUUGGUGUGUAAUAACGGGCAGAAACUGAUUAACGAGGGACAUGAAGAUAGUCCCGAAUUCCAGAAAUUGAUAUCCGAAUUAACGGAGAAGUGGCGCGAGUUGAAGGACGCAGUCGAUGAUAGAAACAAGCAUCUGCUGCAAAAUGAGAAAGCGCAGCAAUACUUCUUUGACGCUACUGAGGCUGAGUCAUGGAUGAGCGAGCAAGAACUGUAUAUGAUGGUCGAGGAUCGUGGAAAGGACGAGAUUUCUGCUCAGAAUCUGAUGAAGAAACAUGAGUCGCUUGAACAUGCGGUUGAAGAUUACGCGGAAACGAUUCGUCAGCUAGGAGAGACUGCUAGGCAGCUAAUAAACGAUCAACAUCCGUUGGCCGAUCAAAUUGCCGUGAAACAGUCGCAGGUGGACAAAUUGUAUGCCGGUCUCAAGGAUUUGGCGGGCGAACGACGCGCCAAACUGGACGAGGCACUCCAGUUGUUCAUGCUGAACAGAGAAGUCGACGACCUCGAACAAUGGAUCCAGGAGAGAGAAUUGGUCGCCGGUAGUCACGAGUUGGGCCAAGAUUACGAUCACGUGACAUUGCUGUGGGAGAGAUUCAAGGAGUUCGCGCGCGACACCGAGGCGAUCGGUUCCGAACGAGUGGAGGCGGUGAAUGGCAUUGCCGAUUCUCUUAUCGCCACCGGACAUUCCGACGCAGCGACGAUUGCCGAGUGGAAGGACGGCUUAAACGAGGUCUGGCAGGAUCUGUUGGAAUUGAUCGAGACGCGCACGCAAAUGCUGGUGGCCAGUCGCGAGUUGCAUAAAUUCUUCCACGAUUGCAAGGACGUUCUCGGCAGAAUUCUGGAGAAACAAAACGCCAUGUCCGACGAAUUGGGUCGCGACGCCGGCUCGGUGUCCGCCCUCCAACGUAAACACGGCAACUUCAUUCAGGACUUGUCCACGUUACAGAAUCAGGUGACGCAGAUCGAGGAGGAAUCCGCCAAAUUGCAGGCGAGCUACGCGGGCGAUAAGGCGCGGGAGAUCACGAAUCGCGAAGCCGAGGUUGUAGCGGCGUGGAACAACUUGCAAUCGUUAUGCGAGGGCAGACGAACUAAAUUGGAGGACACCGGUGAUCUCUUCCGAUUCUUCAAUAUGGUUAGAACUCUGAUGAUCUGGAUGGACGAUGUUGUACGCCAAAUGAACACGUCCGAGAAACCGCGUGACGUCGCCGGGGUCGAAUUAUUGAUGAACAAUCAUCAGAGUUUGAAGGCGGAGAUUGAUGCCAGAGAGGAUAAUCUUAUGGCGUGCAUUAAUCUCGGAAAAGACCUGUUAGCUAGAAAUCAUUAUGCAAGCGCGCAGAUAAAGGAGAAACUGGCAGCAUUGACCGAUCACAGGAACGCACUGUUACACCGAUGGGAGGAACGUUGGGAGAACCUGCAACUCAUUUUGGAAGUUUAUCAAUUUGCUCGAGAUGCUGCAGUUGCUGAAGCAUGGUUAAUUGCUCAAGAGCCAUAUCUUAUGAGCCAAGAGCUUGGUCAUACUAUCGACGAAGUCGAGAAUUUAAUCAAGAAACACGAGGCUUUCGAAAAAUCGGCAGCUGCACAAGAAGAAAGGUUUAGUGCCUUGCACCGACUUACUACUUUCGAAUUGAAAGAAUUGAAACGACGAGAGCAAGAAAGGGAGGAAGAGGAAAGACGCAAGAAGGAGGAAGCGGCAGCAGCGGAAGCCGCGCGUUUGGCAAAGGCGACGCCUGUUACUAGUCCAGAUGAACCACCUAGCGAAAGAGCCGAAACUGACGGGACUGGAGAACGCGGAGAAGACGAGGGACACGCACAUCGCAAGGCUUCACGUACACCACAGCCUCAAGACAAGCCCAAGGAAGUGCAUGCACAAAGACCUAGACAGCUGGCUUUUCGGGAAGGAGAUGGAACUCAGCCUGUCACGCCAACAUCUGUGAAAACUCCGACGCAUGGUAGCCGCACGCCGACAACUCCGAAAGGCUCCGAGGCUUCAAGACGUAAGGAAAGAAGCCGCAGCAAGUCACCAUUCAGGAGCUUCCGCUGGAGAAAGUCCGCCAAGUCGCCGAGUUUAGAUCGCAGUGGCGUGAGUGAUGAUGAGCACAGUAUUCCUGAACCGCGAAGUCCGGGUGACGACGAGUUCGAAGGGCCGUUGCAGCGAAAGCACGAAUGGGAAAGUACGACGAAGAAAGCGUCCAAUCGCUCUUGGGACAAGGUGUACAUGGUCGUACGCGGGCAGAGCUUAUGUGUAUAUAAAGAUCAAAAGUCGUACAAAGCCUCGCCCGAUCAACCGUACAAAGGAGAGGCUCCUCUUGACUUACGAGGCGCGACUAUUACCGUAGCGAGUGAUUACACUAAGAAGAAACAUGUCUUCCGAGUAAAGUCGCAAAGCGGAUCCGACUUCCUGUUCCAGGCCAAAGACGAUACCGAAAUGAACGACUGGGUGUCCGCAUUAAAUCAAGCGGCACAAGGAACAUCAGGUGCAGGCACAUCUAGGGCUCACACCUUGCCAGCUCCGACACAAGCCGAAACUAAGCGACGUAGUUUCUUCACUCUCAAGAAAAACUAAACUGGAGCAGUGAAGUACGGUGCAAAGCCGCUCGUAAUGCGUCUGCACAACAUCGUGUUUGUGAGAAAUGAUUUCGUCGCUCUACGUGGUUAAAGCAACGCUAAUAUAAAAUUAGAGAAGACAUGGCCAGAUGGUGUUAUGAAAUGAAUUGAAGGACGGAGAUUGAACGGGUCUUUGAAAACGCCUACUUUCGAAGAACGGAGAUAUUUAACGGUUAUAUGUUGAUAUUUACAAGUGUAGGCUAUUGAAAGUCUAAUUAAAUUCGGUUCUUCAAUAAAUUUUGGACACUUUGCAAUAUUGCUAGUUGAAGAACAAGCGACAUUUUUCAUGUCCCAUGUUAGCGUGAUCAGACUUUUGACGGGAUUUAAUUACAUUCUUACGUAUAUAUGUAUAUGUAGUCACGCAUUAAGACGCACGAUCAUUUUCUUGUCACGGAAACGAUGUCUUCUGUGUGGUAUGAAGUAUUUUAUAAGUUGCUGCGAUGUUUUUACACACGGCAAUUUUUUUUAAGAACGUUAUUGAUCGAUAGAAGACGAUAAUUUGAUCUUGUUGAGUCCGCAACGAACGUGGAUUGGAGGAGAUAUAUCUUAGAUAUGAUUUACUAUGAUUUUUAUAAUUAUUCUCUAUGAUGAGUAUGCAGAUUUUUUAAAUGUUUUUUUUAUGCAUUUUAUUUGCAUUUUACGUGAGUUCUCGUGUUCAGAGCAGAUAUAAUCUCCGACAAUGUUGAGAGGACGUUGAGAACGAUUCCAGCCGUAUUGAUUGCUUAGGAUAUAUCGCUUUCGUUAUCAUAUUAUUGCACCGCAGUAUUUUAUUUGACUUCUUUUCCUGCAAACGUGUCUGUUUGCGUUCGGAUGACUGCCAUAUAUUUUAAGAGCCACACUAACUUGGGACAUAAUAUUAUAUAAACUAGCUUUUAACAAAUUGUUAAAUAUGCAGCGCCCUAAGGGAAUAACGCAUUGAAGAAUUAUAAAGAAAAAUGUAAUAACUAACAAGAGAGAGUUUCCCCCCCGUCCCUCCCUUUCCCUCACACGAUCCCGUAUAUCACACGAUUCUACAGAAUUACAAGAGCAUUUAAGAAAAUAUUCUGGACUCGCGCAAAUGGUACAGUUUGUAUUAAGUGAGCGCUUACGGUAAAUUAUUAUAGCCGUAUUAUAUCACUGUUGCGAAUCAUUUUUGUAUCUCACUUGAUUCCGACUCGACAUUUGGCGUGACUACGCGGACAUUACUCUUUUUGUAAUUGUUAACUUUUUUAAUAUUUAUCACCAUCUUGUUUUCUUUUUCUUCAUAGAGUAUAGUCUCUAUUUGGAAGUUUUAAGAGCUCCUCUUUGCUUCGAAAAAAACUUUUAGUUUAGUGUAUCUUGGAGGAAUUGUAACUGGUUUUUUUUAGUAAACGCGCGAGAAAAUGGUACGUUUUAUUCGCUUUUCGACUCGAUGCGACUCGAUCAAUCAAUCGAUCCGGUGUGUGUACUUUGUCUCUUUGAAAAAUAAACUGCGAUAUAGUAUCCGAUUCUGUGACUCAAAUAUGUGGGAUAUUUAAGUUCAUAUAGAAAUUGUAUGGUCAGCUAAGCUUAAUUGCCAAGAGACUUGUAUAUACGGAGCUAUAUACACACUCAGACACACACAUAUACAUUAUGUCCGCGGGAGUAAUUCUAAUCAAAAUCGAUCGUACACCCGCUUUUAUAAUUUCGUGCAUGUGCAUUUAGCGAAGAACAUUGAAUAUCAGAGUCGCAUUGCUAAGCAGACACAACAUUUGGUAUGUCAUAGCUAUGUGUUUUAUAUAUAAAUAUAUCUAUAAAUAUAUAAAUACAGAACGAUGAAGAGUAUUAAAUUAUAAGAAAUAAAAAUUAUUAUAAUAGAUUAUAUAUAAAUAUAUAUAAAAUAAUUGUCGAAUUUUUGACAUGACGUGAUUUUUUUCGUUUUAAAACGACCUUCCCCCGCACGUAUUUCCAAUAAACGUCUCGAGAUACAUUAUCAGUGAUUAUUAGCGAGAUUAAAUGCAAAUCUCUUCGAGCAUUUUCAUCUGACGAGGUCGCUUUGAUACGAAAAAAAUAUGCAUCAUUAAAUACUCGCUUAAAUUUAACGUUUGGUUGUACAUUUCAGAUUGUUACUCUCGAUACAUUAGAACGCAUUUGCAGUACAGUAUAUUCUCCAACGAAAAAAAGUACUCUCGUUUCUAUUUAUAUCUAAUCGCAUUAUCGGCUCUUGAUUCCGUCUUCGCUUGUAAAACGGAUUUGAUAUUCUCGCUUCAUUCUUAUAUCAUUGUCAUCGUGCGAGACGCGAAAAUGUGUAAUUGUACGCGCCGAUUACUUUUACCCUCGAUACCUUCGUUAAGGUCAACGUGUAAUUUUUUAAUGUGCCUUUUUACAGCUUCGUUGAAAAAUAAAAAUGCGAUCAAGUAUCAAACGUGA